AUGUUUCACAAGUUAUCAAAAGAAAACUUGGUCAUCUUAUUCACUUUUAUGUUGUUGAGUAAAGCAAGCCCAAACGGUGACAGGAUCGAAAACGAAGGACUCAGCCCUGAAACAAUUCUUCAGCAGGACGAAGAUAGAGCAUUAAACAACACUGUAGACACAGUUCUACGUCUCACAGGAGAUGAAAAAUCUCAAACUGCCUCGGACAACGCAAAGGCUUAUCAAAUGGGGCACUAUAAUCGUUAUCGCUCCACAAGUGGGUCGCGAUGGCGAGGCAACUCUGGAAACAGUUGGAACCAGUGGAGUGGGGGUUCGUCGAAUAAUAAUGGACAAAAUAGCGGUGGAACAUUUGGUCAUCCAAUGAAUGGUGGAUUUACUUACGGAGGAAAUACUUAUAGCAAAAGUUGGAAAAUGAAUGGAAGUGGCCGAGGCUCUUCCGGGCAGCAGGAAGGUUUCAGGAAUGGAGAGGAAAAAUGGCAGCUGGGAUGGGGGCAUGGAGGUGGUAGUCAACAUCAGAUGAGUGGUGGUAAUGGCUUUGGUUAUGGAGGGAUGAGGGGGAAAAGUGGUGGAAGAAAGGGGGGAAGGCAUGGUGGACAUGUUAGGAAUAGAGGAGGGAGAUGGCAGAUGGAGUGGGAGCAUAAAGGCAGUAGUCAACACGGGAUGAGUGGCGGUCAAGGCUUUGGGUAUGGGUAUGGAGGGAGUGUAUCUGGUGGAAAUAAUGGAGGUGGGGGAAGUGUAAAUAAUGGAGGAAGUAUGGGAGGUGGAGGGAGUGUAUCUGGUGGAAAUAUUGCAGGUGGAGGAAGUGUAAAUAAUGGAGGAAGUAUGCGAGGUGGAGGGAGUGUAUCUGGUGGAAAUAUUGCAGGUGGAGGAAAUGUAAAUAAUGGAGGAAGUAUGGGAGGUGGAGGGAGGUUUUCUGGUGGAAAUAUUGGAGGUGGGGGGAGUGUAAAUAGUGGGGAAAGUAUGGGAGGUGGAGAGAGUGUAUCUGGUGGAAAUAUUGAGGGUGGGGGAAAUGUAAAUGGUGGAGGAAAUAUUAGAGGUGGAAUGAGUGUAUCUGGAGGAAAUAUUGAGGGUUGGGGGAGUGUAAAUGGUGGGGGGAGUGUAAAUGGUGGAGGAAAUAUGGGAGGUGGAGGGAGAGUUUCUGGUGAAAAUAUUGAAGGUGGGGGAAAUGUAAAUGGUGGAGGAUGUAUGAUAGGUGGAGGAAGUGUAUCUGGUGGAAAUAGUGGAGGUGGGGGAAGGGUAAAUAGUGGAGGAAGUAUGGUAGGUGGAGGGAGUGUAUCUGGUGGAAAUAUUGAGGGUGGGGGGAGUGUAAAUGGUGGGGGGAAUAUCGGAGGUGGAGGGAGUGUAUCUGGUGGAAAUAUUGAGGGUGGGGGGAGUGUAAACGGUGGGGGGAAUAUCGGAGGUGGAGGGAGUGUAUCUGGAGGAAAUAUUGAGGGUGGGGGAAAUGUAAAUAGUGGAGGAAAUAUCGGAGGUGGAAUGAGUGUAUCUGGAGGAAAUAUUGGAGGCGGGGGAAGUAUGUCUGGGAGAAUAUCUGGAAGAUUUUCUGGCGGUGAAAAUGGAGGAACGGGAGCUUCAGGUGGUGGUAUGUUUGUGAUACGACACAAAGCAUCUGGACUAUGUCUUUACCCAAAAAGAAGUCAGAAAGGCAAAAUCGUCAGGCUUGUAUUAGACAAGAAAUGUGACGACCCUGGGGCAGUAUUCCAAUGGAGCUCCAGGUUUUCAAUCGAGUCUGUGACCUUCUCAGGAUAUUACAUCUUCGUGAAAAGACGUCGUCUGGUUCUGCGCAAAUCCAGUUUGGAAGCAAUGGCCACUGCAUCAGGAAUGUACGGUAGUGGAACAAGCUUCUUCGGUGAAACCUCAGCAGGUUCUACAAGUGCUACUUCGGGCAGAAUGUCAGGUGAAAUGUCCAGCGGGGGCUAUCGUGGGGGUAGAUCGUUUGUGAUAAAACAUUUGCAGACGGAGUUGUGCUUCUAUCCAGAAGGCGGGAAAAGAGCUAACGAUGUCCAAAUCGUCUUAGCAAGAAAGUGUGAUGACCCAAAAGCAAUUUUCUCGUGGACGAAACAACGAGCACUGAAAUCGAUGGCGUUUAAAGGCUUCUGCUUACAUCCGAAGAAUGGUCGAGCGAAUCCCGACGACGGAACGAAGUUGGUGAUAUUCAAAGAGUGUAGGGGCAAACGUCUUCAGUUUAUGUAUGACUCUGAAACGAUGAUCUUAAAACACAGCAGCUCUGGAAAAUACAUAAAACCAGAAACACAGAAUACGAUAGAGGGUGCUGCUGUUGUAAUAGGGAUCAUUUCUGGUAGCGUAUCACCCCUGGGCGCAAGGAUUGGCGGAAUGGCUCAUGGUUCAAUGGCAGGGGGUAGCGGUGGUAGCACCAGGCUGACUAAGUUUGGCGGGUUGUCAAGUACCCAGGGGGGUGGAAAGUUUGGAUUUGGGGUGAACAUUGGAAAGGGCAGCCACAAUCGAAAUCAAGCGGGUAGUAGUAGUUCAUCUGGUGGUGGGGGCAACUUUGGUAUAACCUUUGGCGGGGGGAAAAGUGGAAUGACAAUAGGACGAGGUAACAGUAAAAUACAGGCGACGGGAGGUGCAUAUGGUGGCUAUAGGGGACAUUUUGGCAAUGGUGGUGGAAGAGUUGGUGAUGGUAUUCCUCAGAAUAAUGGCGAUACGAAUGGUAUGAAUGGUAGACAUUACAACAGAGUGGAUAAUGAUCAUAGUCAGAUGGUUAAUAAUGGCCAUCAAGACACAGGCGAUACUGGUACUUUUCCCGACCAUAAAACUGGGAGAAACGAUGGUAGCCACAAUGAUAUUACGAUUGACCAGGGGAGUGACAGACUAGAUGGUGGACCUCAGGAGAUGGUUGAUAACGGUGAUCAGGGUGGAGUCAACACUGGUACCCUUCCCCACAAUGAUGGUCACAUUAAUAGCACGAUUGACCAGAGCAAUGACGGAGAAGAUGGUGAAAAUGAUGAGAUGGUUGAUAAUAGUGAUCAGGGUGCAGAAAAUACUGGUACCUUCACCCACAAUGCUGGUGACAAUGCUGGUAGACACGAUGAUGGUAUGAAUGACCAGAGUAUUGACAGAGUAAAUGCUGAACGUAUUGAGAUGGUUAACAAUGGUCAUCCAGAUGCAGGUGAGGUGAGUACUGGUUCUCAUAAUGGCAACAGUGAAACGGAAAAUAAAAGCAAUGCAGGAAAACUUCUUAGUAACCCAGUUGAAUCCGAGAAGGGUGUUACCAGUGCUGAUGGUAUUAAUUCUGAAAAUGGUGGUAGUGGAGUAUACCAUGCUAAUAUGAGACCAAUGCCAGAUGACAGUGGUGAUGCCAAAAACAUGAAUCCAAACAAUAGUGAAGGUAUCUCCAAUGACGGCUUCACUGGUGACCAGCGACAACAAGAGAUGAAUGCGGACCAAUACAAUGGUUAUCCUAACAGACAAAGACCAGUCGAUGGGAACAAUUAUGGUGCCAGCAGUCAUCCUGGGCCCCCUGGUGUUUGGGUGUUAAAGAAGAAAAAUAAUAUCUCCAGACAUCAUGGUGGUAAGGAUAGUCCAAUAAGGAUGACACAUGAGCACAGUAGUGGUACUUAUGAUAAUAAUGGGAUUUGGAACAGGAGUGGAAAGAUGAACACCUCGAAAGACAUAGAAGCUGUUGCAAAAGACAGUGAAGUGCACGGAGGUGAUUCUGUUGAUAGCCGUGGAUCAACAGGGAUGAUACCUGGCAACAAUAGUGAUCCUCGUGGAGGUAAAGGGAUUUGGAAUUGGAGUAAAAAAAUCAAUAUCCCUGGCGGUAGUGUGAUAGGGAAAAGGAAGCAUGGUGGUAUUCAUGGAUUAUUAGGAAACAAUAGCAAUGUUUAUGGUCCCAAAGGGAGUUGGAAUUCGAGCAAACAAAUCAAUAUCACCGUACAUCGUAGGAUAAAGGGUGAUGAGCGAAGUAUAAAACACCAUAAACGCGAGAAAAAAGGUGGUAACAAAGGACAACAUGGGGUAUCCAAAUGGGGAUAA